AUGGUCUCGAGAGUGUCCAAAAAAACCAUUUCUUACAUAAGGUAAGCUUUAAAACAAGAAAAUUUUACAAAUUCAUCUUUUUUCAGUCAAAGCGUGGCAACUAAGAUUGACGACCAAUUGUUCUCGCAGUUCGGUUUCAAAGUUGAACAACUGAUGGAGCUGGCAGGGCUUGCAGCUGCCCAGGCCGUCGCCGCCCACUAUCCGAAAGGUAUCUCAUUUCGUUCAUCACCUCUCCGAAUCAUUUUCCUGUUUCCGUCUCUAUCUUUCUAUAAAGGAAAAUGAGAAAAAGGAUUAAUUGAUUAAAAAAAGGAUUAGUCUUGGGAGGAUUAAUUUCAUCUAAGCUUUAAAAAGAUACUUUUGGAUCUUUCAAAACCAAGUUGGCAUCCGUUCACAACAUCGUAAAAAAUGGUUGAUAUUAAAUUAAAGUGAAGAAAGGCUACAGAAAGGCCCAAAAAACCGCUUAAAUUACAAUAAGCGUAAAAUAGCUUAUCCUUUACGUAUUUAAAGAAGUCUUUUGGCUUCUUUUCAAGAACAUUUUCGUGUUUCCACUUUGAAACCUCAUUGAUCAAUGGUAAGGAUGAUAGCUACUUCCAAAUUGAUUGGCUUCUUGGGAACUCCGGAGUGGUCCCAAUAAGGGCAAUCUUAGGGGCCACUUAUUGGAACCCCUAUAGGGGCUACUAAAGCCUGCAAAAGUGGUUCCUCCAGGGGUUUUAGUUAGUGGUCCUUAUAGGGGACAUACUAGGAAGAUUUAUGAACUCUAGGCGAGGAAGCAGUUCCAUGCGAAAAGCUAAAAAAUAACCUUUUUUGAAAAAAAUUGAACGAUCCCUAUCGGGACCACUUGAGCUUAAGGAGUCAGACCUUAAACCCCUAUGGCGACCACCUUGAUUUUACCCCUAUGAAAGCACUUUUUUGGUCCCGAUAGGGGCUGCUUUUCCGCCUAACCCCUAUAGACACAACUUUAAAAUUCCUAAGUUAUGCUAAUCGGUGGUCUACCGCGUACUAUGGCCAUGGUACCUGGAUACUAUCCCUAUCUUACCUGAAAUUCGCGAUUGCUACCGAGAUACUAAUCGGUGGUUGUUUACUUAGCACUAGUGUUUUUGUUAACUAAGCCAAAAAUAGCUGACGCUGAAAAAAAGGUAACUAACGGGAAAGCAUACGCCGGACUAGCAAUCGCAAAUGUAAGGUCAGGCAGGAGAGCAACCGUAUCCAGGUACCAUGGUGAUAAUACCUGGUAGCCAUUAAACGACCCUCAUUAGCUUGCGUCUUUGAAGUAGCUCUUUGUAUCCUCCUCCCGAUUGACCUUGGCUUCAUAGAUCAACUACGUAUUUUUGAAAGAUCUUUUCCAGCUACCGGGUAGCUAAUUCAAAGGCGCAUAUAUAGAUACACUCUCAUGCUGAUGAGGAUAGCCCAGCGGUGCUAACACGGGGUCUCAGCGGGACCACGCAGGGUCACAAGUUCGAUCCCCGCCUCGACCCAAUCAAGGGGUUUAAGAAAUAUUGGUAGUGUGAAACCACGGCUUCAUAACCCCUAGCCGUCACACACAAGGUCGGAUAUGUCACUGGAGCCAGUCCACUGAUUAUCAGGAUGGAACCUCGGCUAAUCGACUUGGGGUGCCGACGCCGCUCAAGCGGUAAAAAGGCGUAGGAAGGAAAAGAAGAAGAAGCACAUCUGGUAGAACUUUUGCCAAUUUUUCCCCAGCUGAUACACAGCUUUGGCACAGUUAGGUCACAGAGUUUGGAAAUAAACACAGCUGGGUCAUAUUCCUGUUGUUUUCCCGUUUUAGCCCAACUAAGACUCAAAUAGCCUCAAAAACACGGGUUUAAUACGGGCACACCCGUUGAGGCACAUGGUCUGCAUAAGAGCAGUGAACAUAGAUCUCAGGCGAUAGUGCAAAGAUUUUCAUUCACAAAACCAGAGAUGUGCUCUGAGCCAGCCGGGCUGGCCAUAGUGUUGCAACGCGGUCGCGAAGCGGUCGGAAAUUUGCAAACGUUUUUGUCUCGAAAUUUUCACAGAGUGUGUAAAUAGGGGAGUAUGUGAUCGAAAAUGUGUUAUUUGGGAAAAUUAUUUGAUGUGAAUUAUGAAAGGAGAUUUUAAAAAAAGUUCGCGAUUGCGACGAUUGUGGGCCGAUUCGGCCUCGGCCCAACGCAUAGCUAUAGUCCGUGUGGCACAACUUGAAAUUUCACGGAACGACAUUCCGCUGUUCCGCUGCGUGUGUUCGCGAAGCGUCUUUUAAAUAUAGGUCACGCUUUCAAUUGUUUGUUAUUGCUGUGGGAGCACAUGAAAGUAGAGUACCUUAACAAAAGAAAAAAAAAAUCAAAAGCGUUCGGUUCGAAAAGGUUCACAAAGGCGCGCAGCGGAACAGCGGAAUGUCGUUCCGUGAAAUUUCGAGUCGUGGCACACAUACUAUAUAACCGCAGUUUCUGAUGAGGCUCUUUAUUUGGUCAUAAUAUUUAGGCUACAUUCUCAGGCUAUUCUGUCAGUUAGUCACAUGCUCCUUUGGUCAUAAAGCAGGCUUCAUUUGAAGUUAAUUUUAUUCAAUUUCUAGGAAACGUCGCCGUUUUGUGUGGCCCAGGGAACAACGGGGGCGACGGCUUCGUGUGUGCGCGCCAUCUUCAACAAUUUGUUUGUAUCUCCAACUAGUUGCCUUUUGGCAAGAACUUUCUAAGGGCUUCUCUACACAUGUCGUUUAUCCCAAAACUUCACGAAAUAAGCUGAUGGAAUGUCUCGUUGAACAAUGUCAAAAGCUAGGUAAUUUUUGAUUCGGUUUUCGAUUUACUCUCACCUUGCAAAUCAGGAAGCUACGUUCUUAUGAUCUUCUGUGUUUAGACAUUCCUGUGACAAAUAAUCUCCCGGAUCUGAAAAACUUUACUCUGAUAGUGGACGCUCUGUUUGGCUUCUCCUUCAAGCCUCCCGUUCGUGAGCCAUUUGAUGCUAUCAUCGGAAGCAUUCUCCAGUCAGGACUUCCAGUUUUUUCUAUCGAUAUACCUUCAGGUUUUUUUUUUGAAUACCUCAUGUCGUCUUUUAUUUUUUCUAGACUUUUAAAGACUGAAGAAAGGGUGAAAAAAGGAGGGGCGGCAAAAAUAAUGCAUAAGGGUCAUUAAAAUGGCGCAAAAAGGCAACAAAAAUGGAACUUUUGUCUUCUUAAAAAGUAAAUUCCUAUGGAGCCUUUUCCGACCCUUUCCGACUUUGCCUAUGUUCGAAAUUCCUUUUGCUUUUUUUUUUUGAAGUUUCCCUGAGCAUGUCAGGUCCAAAUGCGUCUCCAUUUUUUUUUUCAUGCGCCUAUCAGAGCUCAAAAAUGACUGUUUUAUACAGGCUGGGAUGUGAAGGACGGACCACCAGCCGAUGGAGUCUGCAUCCGACCUGAUGCGGUUAUUUCACUGACUCUGCCCAAGGAAUGCAUGCGAGACUGGAACGGCACUCACUUCGUCGGCGGCCGAUUUGUUCCAGCGAGUCUUGCUCGCGACUUCCAGCUCUCCUUGCCCUCGUACCCAUCUUUCGAUCAGAUUGUACAGCUUGCUGAUUGA